AUGGCUCGACUGGACUGCCACGACAAGCUCGACAUCCACUUUGACGUCGUCAAAGACCGCAACCGAAUCUGCGUCUCCUGCAGCCACGACAUCGGUAUCAAGUUCCUUCGCCAGUCCCGGUCGAUCUUCAAGCUCCAUGUCAAGGCCAUACUCUCAGAAUUCUCCCUGGAUGGACUGGAGUAUCGCAUCUCGAUCUUCGACUUCCAUAGCGUUAUCCACAAGCACUUCGACUGUUGA